AUGGGCUGGGGUCAGCUGGGCAACACUUUGAGGAGCUCAGACAUCCUGAGGGAGGUGAACAUGAGCAUAGUGACAUCCUGGUGCGAUGAGAAUGUGUGCGCGUUUCAGCCCCAUCGAAAGGCUGGCACCUGCUAUGGUGACUCCGGGGGUCCCUUGAUGUGCAACAGCAUCCUCCAGGCCCUGGACUCCUUCGUCAUCCGAGAGUGUGCCAGACGCCAAUACCCCUAUCUCUUUGCCAGUGUAUCUCUCUAUGUGGACUGGAUUUAG